GGGAUACAUGUUAGUGACUUAACUGGUGACCACUUUCUGCCGCUGGACAGUAUCGGAUGGAGAGUGACUGUGCCGCAGCUAAUGAGCCACGAAGGUGAGAAGGUGUGGUGAUCGACAUUAAAUCUAUUAAAUCUGCAUUAGAUGAGCUGGAUGAGGUGGCGCUCGUGAGUAUAAAAAGCUGCACAAAUGAAACUGUAGAGCAUCCCAGGACCCAGUACAGCAGUACGACGAAUCGGAACAACCAACUCAGGAACCUGCGCCAACAACAACAACAUGAACUCCUUCAAUGGUAACUCGAUCGUGAUGGUGGCGAUGUUGCUGCUGGUCGCCACGGUAGUGACGGCUGCACCGAACAGCUGCGCCAAGCCGGACACUCAAACGGAUCCUUUCUCGUGCUGUACCAUCCCCAAGCUGCUCGAUCUGGCCGUUGUCGGUAAGUGCUUCGAGCAGUAUCCGAUCGAUCAGCCCGAUGCAAACGGCAACAAACCGGCCACCACCUCACAGCAAACCGAUUGCAUGUCGGAGUGCAUCCUGAAUGCAACGGCCAUCUACAACCGGAAGGGCGAUCUGAACGACAAGAAGCUGAACAACGUGUUCCUCGACAGUCUGCCGAAGAACAGCCCCUGGUUGAGUGUGGUGCGCGAUGCGGUCAAGCAGUGCGGUGACAGAGCCGCCAAGCAGGAGAACGAGUUCAAGAAGGCGAUGGCGGUCCAGAAGAAGGCGGCCGGAGCGAAGGCCACCGGUCCGGUGUGCAACCCGGAGGCCAGCUUCCUCGUCGACUGCAUUCACACGACCGUCUUCAGCAACUGCCCGAGCGAGCUCCGUUCGACCGCGACCGAUUGCGAUGCGAUCUGGAAGUUCCUCAAGAACUGCCCCUUCAGUGCUCUGCGCCAGUAAGCUCAACAGCUUAACAACU